CCCUCUACUCUCUAGGGACACCCAAAAAUUGGCGGAUCCAAGAUAAAAAUCAUUUUCUUCUGUGUUUUUCUUUUAGAUUGAUUUUGCUGCAGUUAAAGUCAUGACAGACCAAGAGCUUUCAACUUAUUUGCCUGCACACGGAGAUAGAUUAGCCUUAAAAUCUUGUGCUCUAAAAACACGCAGAAAAUCCCUGAUUGAAAAACUAAAAACAACAUUCAAUCAUUUUGGUGACAACAAUAAGGAAAAGGCACAUUCGACAAAAAAAAUGAGAGAAAAGCCUCAAAAGUCAACAAGAAUGGUAGAAAUUGGGUGGAGGCACUACUGCGACAAGAAACAAUGCUUUAAACAUGUGAGGGGACCGAUAGGGGGGAACCGAAGGAUCUCUAUACUGAAAAUAGCAAAGGCCGAAGACAUCACUGAAACAGCAAUCCAACUUUUUUUUCCAGAUGGAUCGAGCCCAUACGGAAAAAUUGACGAAUUUGAUUUUGAGCUGCAAGACUAUAAGUGUCAUAAAAUUACUAAUGACAUUGAUGUGAACGAAAUUUUGCAAAGUGACCGCAAAGUGACCGGAUUGACCAACGUUCGAUUUUAUUUAUCAACCAAGAGAAAAACAUCGCUGAAAAAUUCCAUUGAUGAUGACGAUUAUGUAACAGGUAUAAAAACCCCACCAAGAUUGACAAUGACGUUAAGGAGAAGAAGCCUAGAUAAACUUAUAGAUGACCUGUCUUCACCCGUUAAUAAUCCGAGUACCUCCAUAUCUGGACCGUCUACCUCAACAUCAGAUCAGAUGUCAGAGACUCCAGAGAGGGUAGAUGUUAGAUCAUUCUAUGAAGAUUUCGUUUCCAUGGACAAUCAGCCAUUCUCAAUGGACCCACUGACUUUCGAGAUCGGCUAUGGAGACAUUGAUAACGUGGAAGCAGCACCAAUUGAAAACAUCAUGGUGUUAAGAAGAGGUCACAUUUUUGAAGAUUUAUUGAAAGCUUUUGAGCAAAACUUCUUCGAUAGCGGAUCCUUGAAAAUAGAGAUGAUUUUACCCUCGGGCGAAAGGGAAAUAGCAGAGGACCUUGGCGGCGUAUGGAGAGACGCACUAUCAGAAUUUUGGUCGACAUUUUACGAAAAAUGUACCGUCGGUACAAUAUUUAAAGUACCGUGUAUCAGGCAUGAUUUUGGUGACAAAGAAUGGAGGUCCGUUGGGAAAAUAUUAUUCUGCGGAUACACCUCAGAAAAGUAUUUUCCGAUACAAAUGGCGCCGGUGUUUGUUAAAUAUUGCUUCUUCAUCCAUUUUGAGGAUGAUGAACUUACUUCAAAUUUCUUGAAUUUUAUUUCCGAAACUGACAAACAAACUAUUGAGGAGGCCCAAAAAAAUUUUGAUUCUGUCUCUCAUGACGAACUUAUAGACGUUUUUGCAUCGUAUGAUUGUAAAUGGGCCCCGACCAAAGACAAUUUGGGACAACUUAUUCGGGAUAUAGCACAUCAGGAACUUAUACAAAAACCAGCAUUCAUUGUUAAGUGUAUUCAGCAAGAACUGGGUAAAAAGGUAGAGGCAUUUUCCGAAAUUUUGAAUGUCUAUGAAACCCUAAAACCUUCCGUGAGAAAUUGUCUUUCAAAAAUAAUAUUGUAUAAUCCCGAAAACACUACUCUUGAACAAAGCAACGUUUUCAAUUUCUUGAAGAAAUUUAUUAAAGAAACAGAUGACAAAACGCGAGAAUCUCUGUUUAGAUUCUGUACUGGAUCAAACUUACCCAUCGUAACAAUUAAAGUUGAUUUUACCCAAACUCUCGGGGUUGCUAGGCUGCCAAUAGGGCAUACAUGUUCUGGAUUAUUACAGAUAUCAUCCACAUAUGAGAGCUACGUGGUAUUCAGGAACGAGCUGAAGUCUGUUUUGAGUUCCAAUAUUUGGGUAAUGGAUAUCGUGUGA